ACUAUUUUGUUUAUUUUUUAUAUAGAAAAAAAAUAUAAAACAAACUAUAAAAAUUUAAACAAUGUCAACACGGGAAAUAUUAACUAUUCAAGUUGGUCAUUAUUCGAAUUAUAUAGGAACACACUGGUGGAAUUUGCAAGAGGCGAAUUUUACCUACGAUCCGGAAAAUCCUUCGGAAAUUAAUCACGAUGUUCUGUAUCGAGAAGGAGAGACACACCAGAAACAAGUUACUUAUACGCCAAGACUUUUAUUAGUCGAUUUAAAAGGAAGUUUGGGUUAUCUAAAUGAAACGGGAUCAUUAUAUGAAAAUAGUUCAAAGGACAAUGAUGUUCUUUGGUACAAUGAGAAUGUUCAAAUAACAGAAGAGCCCGAGUCAGCGAAAUCAUCAUUUGUUAAAGAAUUGGAUAAGGACAAUAGUGAAGAGGCAGAGAAGAGUUUUGAUUUUGAAAAUAAUGUUAAUAAAUGGGUUGACUAUCUAGUUCCUCGUUUCCAUCCAAGGACUGUUAAUGUAGUCAAACAAUAUACCCACGAAUCGACAAAUCAACUAUUCGAUAUAUUCAAUUAUGGGAGAAACGUGUGGAACACAGAAUCAUUUUCAGAGGAUUUCACUGACAAGAUAAGAAAUUACGUCGAGGAAUGCGAUUUAAUUCAAGGAUUUCAGGUAAUUCUAGAUUCAACGGACGGAUUCGCAGGAUUGGGUUCGUCGUGUAUUCAGUAUUUACGUGACGAAUAUGGAAAAAGUAUUCUAUCGUUUCCGACUUUUCAAGGAACGAAUAUCGAGCCCUCGGCGGAGGAUUUAAUAAAAAUUGUCAAUACCGUCUUGUGUUAUCAGCAUCUUGGGGAGAAUUCGUCGCUAUUUUGUCCAUUGGGUUGUAGAGAGGAAAUUUGGCCAAAAUCGGGAAAAUAUCGAAUGUUUAAACACAUGACGUACGAUCCACAAUUAAAGUAUCAUUCGGCGGCAAUAUUGGCGACGGCUCUCGACACAUUAACAUUGCGAUAUCGACAGAAACAAUUUCCAAUGUCUGCUCUAUCGGAUCUUUGCGCUGAUAUGAAUAAAUUGGGUAGAAAAGCGGCAGCAAUGAGUGUUAAUCUACCAUUUCCAAUGACAAUCGAACGGGAUUUAAUUGAUAUUUUGGAUGAUUUUGAUGAAUCCUUGUGGACGAGUUUAACGCCAUGUUGCGAAAUAUCGAAGGACAAAAAUUAUCAAAGUAUAUCAUUGAGAGGUAUUCCUGAGGAUAGAUUAAAAAGACCAUUGAAUGAGGCGCAAAAUCAAUUAUCCAAAGCUGCUUAUAAAUGUUCAACAGUCCAUGAAAUGAUGUCAUUAUUUUUCUCCUGUUCCUGUCACGCUUCGGCUACUUAUUUGACAAAUAUUAGCGCACCACUGUCGAUAAAGCGUCCUUUUCCUAAAAUUUUCAACAAUCAAGUAACGAAAAAUGGAAAUAUCUCCGAAGCGCCUACUGAAGAAGUUGCCGAAAGUGUAGCAGUCAUGGCCGGUCUACACAGUGGCAGCAGUCUUGCAAAUAUGUACGAAUCACUUUACAAUCAAGCGAAAAAAGUCAAAUCAAUUAAAAGAUUUCACGCCUUUGAAAAUUCUGGUCUCGAAAACGACGAAUAUAUAGAGAGUCUCAAUAAUUUACUAGACUGCAAAGAGGCGUACGAAGAUCAUUAUGUCUGAAAAUUUCCAUUUUCUACAACAAAUAUCAGAAAUACUCUCAGAAUUAAUUUUUAAGUUAAAUUUUCAAACCGAAAAAUGUUUCUCAAAUCGAUAAAUACAAGUUCAAUAAAUCGCAAAAUAUUUUUAA